CAUCGAUUCCUACAAUAACAUUGCCGGACUCAAUUAAAGAAGGAAAACAUGCACAUAUUACUUGCAAAACCUUCAAUGCCAGACCAGAGCCAAAACUCUACUUCAUGUACAAUUCAACAACUUACAAUACAAGCAACAGCUUUUCCAAAAUAAAAGGCGGUAUAACAGUUGAUGCUGAAACAAUCCUAGGAAAAUCUUUCAGCCGAUAUGACAACACUAGGAGUAUAUAUUGUUGCGUUGAGUAUAAUGAGUAUUACAAAAACACAAAGAAAAUGAAAACAAAAUGCUCGACUUCUGCCAUAAGUGCUUUAUUCCCACCAAAAUUUAUACAGCUGCAAGAAUUAAACAGAGCAAACGAUGCAGAAGGUAACACCAGUCUCCUGUUGAAGUGUACAAGCGACGUUUCAAUUCCAGUCAGUAAAAUAAGAUGGAACAUCACGUCAGAUUUUAAAUAUGAAUCCUUCCAGGAAAAGGAUAAGGUUGAGGAAUUGUCUGGACAUAUAAGGACUGAGAUUUUAUCUGCGAACCUCACGCGACAUAAUAACGGAGAAUCACUAUCAUGCUACAUAGAAAAUCAUGCGUUCCCAGAGAUCAAAGUAUUCAAAACCUAUGAACUCAACAUUACUUACAAGCCGUUCAUCAGUUUUACUCCCAGUUCCCCAGUUACUACCUACGUGGAUGACAGUUUUACCGUUUUAUGUCAAUGUGACGCAAACCCACCAGCUAAGAUCGAAUGGUCAAACACUUCUUCGAAUGAAAUAGGUAAAAGAACUGAAUAUAGCCUAGAACUGAUCAUGCAGUUUCACUCCACUGGACGCCAUAACUUUAGCUGUAAUGCGAAAAACACAAUUGGUUCUGCGGAAAGUGCCGUCCGCAUCUUGGUAAAAGAUCAGCCACUAUCGACAUCAGGCGCUCCUACUUGUUCUUGUAACGACCUCUCCUCCUCCACAUUGAUUGGAAUUAUUUGCGGUGGUUUGGCGGUUCUGAUUGUCGUUGUUGUAAUUGUCGGGUUCGUGGUAGUAUCAAAAAUACGACAGAAUACACAGAGGAGCGAGGAGUAUGCCGAUUUACAUUUUCAGGAACAAAAUUUAUAUAUGCAGCCUUUAGGUCCUGUGCACGUCACCAGUGAUGGCUCACAGUCUCCUGAUGGCCAACAAACACAAACUUAUGAAAGUUUGGAGUGAUUCAAUCACGACCAGUUCCAUGGUGCAUGCAGGCCGAAGUAGAAGUUCAAAUCCACGCUGAAUGUUUUAUCUACCUACAUACUCUUCUACUCGACAGAAGCAAACAGUACAAAUAGCACUCCCAAAUGACUAAGAACCUUUCUGUCGACUGAGAGCUGACUGAUAGGGGCGCGAAACUGGACUUGGAUUGAUGUGACGGCCCAGUGUGCUUAGGUGUCACGAAAAUUCACGCUAAACAUAAAUCCUGUUUUCUGUUGCAGUUGGAAAAGUAUACAGAAAUUUACAAAAACACAUGCUGUAAUGCUCUACAUGUAUUAUGCAAACUUUACUCACGACCGUAUGUACGGACUAGUGAAAAGUGUAAAUACUCCAUUGAAAAUGUUUAUUUACAUGUAAUCAUAUUUAUUCAAACAACGUCAAGAUCAUAAAUGAACUAUGUGUUAGUUAGUAAACAUAUAUUAGGGAUAUAACAUUUCAAUUGGUUUCGUAACAAGGAACCGUGUACCCAGUUUUUACAAUUAUUUCCAGGAUUCAUUAGUCUCUGCUUUAACGAUACAUUCACUCUUUCAAGUUUUCCUCAGUUACAUUGAUAAAUUAUGUAACUUAAUGAAAGCACAAUUAUUUAAAACAUAUUGAUACAUCCGAGGACCAAUUUACUUAAAAAAGGAAUUAUUACUUUAAGUUAGGGUGGAUAUGCGAUCUGAUAUGGAAUAUACAGAGGAAAGAAUCCAAUGGCAUGUGGUUUUCUGCGACUGGUAUUAAACAUAUCGGGUCACCAACUAGCCUUGUAAUGAAAAUGUCACAUCAGCAAACUGUUUACACUGAUAAAAUUAUUGGAAAACUUUCAUUUUUUGUCAUCGGAAUCCGAAAAAAGUCAUUUUGGUACGAUAUAAUGAUUAGUGUCUCAAUAUAAAACAAUAUGGGGUCACCACGUGUCACGGUUUCACAAGUACAAAUGAGAUUAUUUAUCAUUCCGUGUAAUUAUAUGUGCUAUAUAUGUGUAGUCUGUGUACAUAGUAAAUAUGUGCAUGUUCAAAUUAUUUAGUCAACCUGUUUGUAUUUUAAAUGUUUGUACUUCGUAAAUGCUUCUCUAUAUUUAUUGAAGAUAAAUAGAAUAAAGUUCAACGUAGAAAUUGCUGUCCAUUUUGAAAGCAUUUUUAAGGGUCAAUAGCUCUUUGAUGAGGUUGUAUGACCCUUUGUUGACUAUUAAACGUCGUCUAGUACAUAAACCACUAUCACAAGUAUUGAGAUUCGCACAACAAUGUACUAUUGAUGAUGAACAACAUAGCCAGGUACAAUCAUUCGAAUUAGUGGUCUUUGUAUUGAUACUUGUAACUUAAGACUUUCCCUGAUAGUGGCCCUUUAUUGUUUUGAGUUUGUAUAAUUUGUGCCAUUUAACAAGAUUAUCGUUCAAUGCUAGUUUGUUUAACAGUUGAAAUUAUUAUCAUGUAUAUUUUGUAUUUCAAUCGGUUUUGUUUCAUGAACAAAUUAACUAUGCUGUCGAUUUUCUUUAUUUAGCGUGUAUGUUUGUAUCUUGAUAUGGAAAAAAAGUGCUUA